UUUCUCAUCCCAAAAAUUUUCAAUUUCCAAUCCCUGAUUUCUCACCCUCGCCGUAAUCCGAAUACCUUCAAUUCCAUUCUCCUAUAUUUAUUUCCCAUCUCGGAGACUUCAAUCUGAUGGCCUUGAGCCGCACCGAGAUGUUCAAUGAAGCUAAGAAGCUCGAGUUGCAAGGAUUAGAGAAAUACAUGAUCUCUUCUGCAUGUAUGCCUAAACUUGAUGAGCUACUUCAUGAUGUUUACGCCGCUCACCGUCCAAAGCCGAUUGAUUAUCACAAUCGGAGAGAUUUGAUUCGGAUAUUCAAUGACAUCUCCAAGGAAUUAUAUGGCAAAUCUGGCAAUAUCCCGGUUGUUGAGGUCUAUGGUUCGUUCGUGAUGGAUUUGUUCAGUGUUGAAAGUGAUCUUGAUCUUUCUGUUAGUUUCUGCAACAGUUUCGGCAGUCUUCCUCGAGAUAUGAAGAUCAAAACCCUUCGGAAGUUUGCUAAAAAGUUUUUUGCUCUUCAAAGGGCAGGGCAUGUUGAUGGUGUACAGACAAUUAUGAGUGCUAGGGUUCCUAUAAUCAAGCUUGUAGACUGUGGAACCGGAAUUGAAUGUGAUUUAUCAGUUGAGAACACGGAUGGCAUUGUAAAAUCCCAGAUUGUCUACCUAAUAUCUAGAAUUGACCGAAGGUUUCAGAAACUGAGUUUUCUGAUGAAAGCCUGGGCAAAAGCACAUAAUAUCAACUCUCCCAAAGAUCGAACUCUGAGCUCUUUUGGCAUAAUAUCAUUGGUUGCUUUCCAUCUGCAGACUCGAGAUCCGCCAAUAUUACCUCCGUUAUCUACUUUGUUUGAAGAUGGAACUGAUCCUGCCUCUGUAAUGAAGAGAAUAGAAACUUAUUUGGAGUUUGGAAAGAGAAACAAAGAAUCCGUGGCCGAUCUUUUAUUUUCUCUGUUAGUCAAGGUAGCAUCAGCUGAAAAUCUCUGGCAGAAAGGUCUAUGUGCGAGUCUGUACGAAGGAUCGUGGACAUCAAAAUUAUGGGAUCCUUACUAUAAUUCUAUUAAUGUUGAGGAUUUCACAGAUCUAUCUCAAAAUGUUGCAAGGGCGGUAGGAACAGAAGAAUUCCAAGAGAUCUAUAGGUGUAUUCAUUCUUCUCUCAGUAACCUCUUAGCAUUUUCAGAUAACCAGAUGGAGGGAAACAAGUUGGUGGAUCUUUUGUUUGGAACGAAGUCGGCAUGCAUUCCUAGGCAAUUGAGUACUAAAAAUGUUGAUGAAAGCAAAGAUCAAAGUCCUCCAGAGCUUAAAGGUCACCAGACAAAGCGGGUGCGAGUGGAAGUUAAGGCUGGGAUAGGCUGGGAAGAAAACCAGCUAGAGAAAGGUUUGAACAGAAAACAGCCAACUCAAAGUUCAGGAACAGCAAAUCAAGUGGAAUUUAGGGGAGGAAGACAACAAGCUGAUGGCCCAGUAGGAAACACGCAAGUGGAUGGUUUGGGAGGAGACCAGCAAUAUCAUGGUGAAGCAACAUCAAACUUAAAUGCUAAAGACGAAACUCCACUAGUUACUACUCGAACUCCACUUGUUGGCACAUUGUGCAAUUCAAUUUCUCAGCAGACUCCACUAGUUUCUUAACAACCUUCGUAGGUGGCUUCAAAUUCAGGUAAGAAAUUCGGUGAAGCUCCUCGCUCCUAACCAAAACUUAAUAGAUCCUGAAAGUUCAGAUUUAUAUCAUCAACCUGCCAAUUCAAAGGUUUAGAUGGGUCCCAAAGGCUAGAGUAACCUGUUCUAGUGCCUCAUCAGUACCAUCUCAUACAGAGCGGCAUCCGUCAGUUUAAAAGCAAUUGUGUUAAUCUCAAAACCAAUCAAGGAUCAUUUGUCUCCCAGGUUAGAUUGUACCAUUUCAGUUAGAUAUUGUUCGACUACAAAAUUGUAUCGUGGUGUUGUACCAAAUUAGUUCGAGUUAGUAGUAUCCUGUAAAUGCAUAGAUGCAGUACUAGAUUAAACUAAUCAUUUGUUACUUGUUUUUUGAAAUAGAAUUUCAUUAAAACAAUUUGUGAAUGAGAAUGCUCAGUCUUGGGUAAACGUAAUACUAAAUUGAUCGAUUAUUAAGAAUCAUUGCAUAAUAUUCAUGUGUCAAAAUAUUGGUACUCGGCACAAGCUAACAUUAAAAAUUUGAUAUUGAAACAUCCCAACUAGGUUUCUUUAUUUUUAUAUCAAUGUCUCAUUUGGUAAUUUUACGUAUCCACAAAGUCUUAUAUAAUUCAUA